CUUUCAGGCAGCAGAGGGCGGAAAACCAAGCGAUCACCGUCAGCAAAGAGAACGUACAGGCCUCCACAGAAGCCUCAGCAACUGUUCUCGCGAGACCCAGGAGAGGGGCAGGCCAGCCGAACACAGAAGAGGAGGCCGCAGAAGCGUGCGGCUCUGCCGACCCAGAUGGAGCCAGCAGUGGCCGAAGCCCCAGGGGCUGAGCAGGCCUCCCAGAGAGCGAGGGAGUUCAAGGGCCUGGGGGCCCAUGCAGUGCAGUCAGGCCCAAGUGCCAUGUCCCAGAGAGGCAGCUUUGCAGACAAGAACCUGCUACCCCUGACACCCCGGCAGCUGGCAGCGUUCCAGGAUGUCUUCAAACUGUUCAGCUCCAGCCCAGCAGGCACCGUGGACAUGCGCAGCAUGAAAGCUGCCCUGUGCAAUGCAGGUGUCCAGCUGAGCCCACAGGAGAUGUGUGAGGCUCUGGGGCAGGCAGACUUGGAUGGUGAUGGAAGCGUAAGCUUCGAAGACUUCCUGGGUGUCCUCACUGACAGCCACCGCCUGGCUCAGUGCUUGGGCAAGGUGAGGAACAGCAGGGUCUGUGACCCCCACGGCUUGCAGACUCUCUUCUUAGAGACGCUCUUCAAGCUGAUGAGUCUGGGCUUUGUGCCCCACAAGUCAGCGCAGGAGGUGAUGAGCUACUACUCCAGGAAGCAGCGGUCUCUGCGGCUGAACUGCAGCUGGAAGGGCGGGCCCCGCUGCCACGGCAGCACCGGGCGCUCUCACGCGGGCCUCGCGUUCUUCUGCCAGGCCACGCGCCUCAGCGGCCUUUCCAACGCCGAGCUGGCGCGCACGCUACAAGGACUGCACAAAGCGGGUGCGCGCAGCCCCUACUCCCAGGUACCUACCCUGAACGGGCAGAUGCAGCCAGAAUGCUACACGCAGAACCGAACCUCGCGCCCCGAAGUCCGACUUCCCAAAUCCUACCGGCGCAGCCGCCCCAAGCGCCAGUUUGACUCCCCCGCACGCCCCCUCUGCGCUUCCGCAGGGUUCCUGGGCCAGCCACUGGGGUAUAUGCGCCCCUCGAAGCUGGCUCCCUUCCCCCCAACUCUAGUGCAGAGGCAGCCCUGCUUCCCUCCUCCAGCCUGUUUGCAGAGACCUGCUAUGAAGAACUCGUACAAGUAGAGCGUUUGCUGAGCGAAUCGGGCUGCACGUGGUGGGGGCGGGCACGGAGCGGACGCGAGACUUUUGGAAACGUCUUUAUUAAUCUUGUAUAAAAAUAAGGUCCAUGGAA